AUGAUAACCGACGAAGAGCUCAAGCUGGCCGACUUUGGCUCUUGCCGCGGCAUCUACUCGAAGCAGCCCUACACUGAGUACAUCUCGACGCGAUGGUACCGCGCGCCCGAGUGCCUCCUCACAGACGGCUUCUACUCCUACAAGAUGGACAUGUGGGGGAUCGGCUGCGUCUUUUUUGAGGUGCUCUUGCACGUGCUCUCGCUCUCGCCGCUCUUUCCCGGCACAAACGAGCUCGACCAGGUCGCCAAGAUCCACAAGAUCCUGGGCACGCCGGGGCGAGCGACCUUCGAGAAGCUGAAGAAGCACUCCAAUACCCACAUCGAUUUCAACUUCCCGCACAAGGCCCACCCACCGUCACGCCCGCUCGGAUGCCCCCCUUCCAUUCCACUCCCCAAACCUCGCGCUCGCGCCACCGCCCCGCCGAGCACCUCCCCCUAG